AAGUUCAACCGAUAGACAAACCGAAGGUAUCCAAAAUUAGAUUUGCCGAUGAGCUUGGUGGUUUCGAUACAGACGACGAUGAUUCGUUCGAGAUGGUUGAAAAGCCAGCGCGUUAUCUGGUGAAUAGUAAGAAAUGUAAGAUGCUUUUUGCCGAUCCCUUUUCGCGUGCGGUAAUGGAGGUCUUUAAGCCCCCCAAGCUGAAAUCCUGCUCCAAUUCGACCGAUGUAUUUCGCGUGCAAUACGAUGAGCAGGCGAAACACUAUAACUUGAUUGUUGAUCGAGAUAUCUUGCUGAAAUUGAAUCCACUCGUAUCCAGAGUCGAUUGCAACUAUCGAGAAAUAACUAUAGAUACUGAGAAGAGGCCCGAGCAUAACAGCAACUUGAAUGCGCCAGUUUACUUUAGAGGACAAUGCGCUUUGCCGCGAGAUGUGAAGAGUAUUAUGGUCGAGUGCCAUGAUGCAUUAAAAAGUUCGAGAAUUUUGCAACGGGAUGCGUUCAUCUUGAUUCCAGUGAACGAUACCAGCAAAAAUACUGAGAAUCGUCCGCUGGAACGUCAGCCCAGCGUAAUAGUCCUCGGUUUGGGCAGCAUGUCUCGCAUGAACUUUCAGCGCACAAUGCCAAAGACGGCUAGAUUUGUCAAUCGAAAGGGCUGGUUCGAGCUGGAGGGCUACAACAAGGUGGCCGACAGUACUAUACCAAAUUUGUUGACUAUUCUGUCGGGUCACACAAUGGGACAUCUGGAGCAACGUUGUGCCCUGGAGUCUAAUGGCUGCUCGUGGAUAUGGAACGACUACAAACGUGCUGGCUAUGUCACAGCUCUUGCCGAAGACAACGUCGGUGGGGCGGCCUUCCUACAAAAUAUGACUGGCUUCGAGGAUGUGGCCGUCGACUAUGAUCUUCGUCCGCUUCUGGUGGGCAUUGGUAGGGCAUUCAGUUUGUACGAGAAGGUUAAACAUAGUUACUGCGUCGGCAGGCGAUUGGGCAUUUCGUAUGUCUACGAGUUUUGUGCCCAGUUUGCAGAGAGCUUCGCCCAGAAGCUGGAACAACCAAUGUUUGGCUUCUUUUGGAGCAACACAGUCACUCAGGACUCGAACUUUGCUGCCUCCGGAUUGGAUGGCAUAUUUGCAAAUUAUCUGAAUAGGCUCGAGAAGGGGAAACUAUUUGAUAAUUCGAUCGUUGUCCUAGUGAGCGACCAUGGUGCACACGAUGGCGUGCUCAUGGACCUGUCUGAUGGCUUCCUUGAGGAACGCUUGCCUUUGCUGCAUAUCUACCUGCCGCCGUGGUUCCACAACACCUAUCCGCACUACGCUCAGGCCUUGGCCAUGAAUCACAAUCGCUUGUGCUCGAACUUUGAUCUGUAUAAUACGCUGAGACACCUGCUCCAGCUGAAUGCCACGACACCAGCGAUGCUGCCCGCUCUGGCCAGUUGCCCGAUGAGUCAGUCGCUGUUUCAUCUGCUGCCCAUGGAGCGCAGCUGUCGGGACGCUUGCGUCAAGGAGCAUUGGUGUACUUGCAACGAGUUUGUCAAACUGAGUCUGGAUGGUGAAAUGUAUUUGCUGGGCAAGCGUGUGGUAUAUCAUAUUAAUCGUUGGAUGCUGACGCAUCACUACAAUGAGGUCUGCCAGCGUUUGGGUCUGCAGGACAUGGAUAUGGCGGAGCAGAAGAUGUCCUAUGAGGAGAAUGACAGCGAGUCAACGUAUGGUUCCAUUGUAGUCUAUCGCUUGCUUUUCCGCACCUAUCCCGAUGUUGGAAAAUUCCAGGCAACCGUUCGUUAUAAUCGCGAACUCGAAUCGAUUGAGGAGCUGCAUGUUCCAGAUAUUAGUCGCUUGAAUAGCUACAAAAACAGUUCAGAGUGUGUUCAGGAUGAGAUUGCUAAAAAGUUUUGUUUCUGCUAUCCCAAGACAAAUUUAAGUGAUGCCAUGAGGGAGUGGCAAACGCAAAAGAUAACAACUAUUCCAGCCUUUUGA